CCUAACAGAGAGAGACUCGCCAGUAAUAGUAGUGUGUCGAGACCGCGCGUACGCAGCAGACCAGUUUGAAUCGGCCGAUCCAGCGUCGUCGCUGCCAUCAAGCGGUCGAGGAAAAUCCUAUACCGAUUUCAAUUGUUCGCCAGUUAUCAGUUGCCCGUGAAAAUCAACGUGACAUCCUAUACAGAAUGGCACAAUCCAACGUGGAACCUUGGGGCUUGAGCCUUGGCUGUAUCAAGACUUUGAUCGUCCUCGUGAACAUUCUGUUUGUGAUCACCGGCCUAUUGAUCAUUUUGAUUGGCUCUACCAUUUAUCGGAUUUACGAUGACUAUGCGAGCGUUAUGGACCCAGUUUUCUCCUCGCCGGGGACGAUGUUGAUAGUCGUCGGCUCCAUCAUUUUUGUAAUUGCAUUUUUGGGCUGCUGCGGCGCUUUGAAAGAGAGUACCUGCAUGGUGUUGACGUUUGCGGCUCUUUUGGCGACCACGUUGGUAGUCGAGAUAUCGGCUGGUAUUACAGCUUUCGCACUCAAGGACAGGGUAACAGCUGCAGUGUCUCAGAAUCUCAAUCAGACGAUCCAUAUGUAUACAUAUGAUGAGAAGGCAAGGAUAUCAAUUGACCUCAUACAAGAACAGUUGCGCUGCUGCGGUUUCGACGGCUACAACGAUUGGGAGGAAAUUCUUCAAAAUACAAACAGCAGUGCCAAAGUACCGCAGUCGUGCUGCAGCAUCAGACGUCACGCGGGACGCACGACUUACACCCCCUGCUCGAGAAUUCACGCUCGCGGUUGCAACAAGAGCAUGGAAUUGGUCGUCAAGAACAGCGCUUAUUACCUCACGACCGGCGCGGUAGUGCUCGCCUUGCUCCAGCUCGGCGGUAUUUUGUUCGCCACCAAGCUCGGCAACAUGAUCAGAAAGCGAAAAACCGAGCGCGAGCAACGCAGAUGGCAGAUGCGCGAGAGCUUGCUCAGAGGAUACCAACCAAUUGGUAAAAGCGAUUUGAUCAGGACGCAUCCAAUCAUUUAUAUGACAGCGAGCAAUACUACUAGGAACUAAAUAAUAGUUGCUCAAACGAGUGUUCCGCGUGUUUUUCCCACAAAAAUGUCGUUAAGCGUAGUUUGUAUAAUUAAACUUAUUAGAAGGUUCAACUCAUUUCAUUUACUCACUUGAUUCAUGUGUAAAAUAUUCAAAUAUCCACGUAUUUGAUCAACCGACCAAAUUAAUAUUUCAAAACGUUCAGAUGAUUCAAAAUUGUUACAACGAAUAUAUGCCUUAGUAACAGUUUUAAUAGGUAAUAGUUGUAUGCUUGAAAAAAGGAACUGAUCUAGUACUAAUUAAGUAUUAUGAAAGAAAUAAAAAAAACAGAUUAUAUUUUCUAUCAAA